CAUUCAUUUCUAACCAAAUAUAUUUGUACAAAUUAUUUCAAUUUAUAUUCAAAAUCAAUUUUCAUCUUGUAAGAAUUAAUACAAAAUCGAUUUGUGAAAGUCAUUUGCACAGUACUGUCUUUCGUGAUCGUGGUGCUGCCUUCCCCUCCACUAAACAUCAAAAACAAAAAGAAAAAAAAAACAAAAAAAGAUCAACUUGUUUGUAUCUGGAUUUCUGGAACCUUUUGUUAGAUGCACGAAUUGAGUUAUUCAGUUUUAAAGGAACCUUGCUUACUUAAGUUUGUUAAAACGAAACGAUGGCAGAGGUCGGGUUUGUGUAGUGAAGUGAAAAUUAAAUUUCCUUUUGAAAUGUUUAAGAGUUCUAACGGAAAAUCUACUAAAUCUAAGCAAAUAGUGCAGUGAGAAUGCAAUUAUGUUCAAAAGUUUGCUUUUAAAUCCAAUAGAUAUUCGGAUUAAACAUAAUUUAAUGCAAUGAUUAAUUCAAUACUAUGUGUACUUAUAACACAAUACAGGUUUUCUUGAUAGCAUGAAAUUUUUGUUUUAAAGUGUAGACACAAAGCGAGGUGCUUCGACGCGAGAAGGAAAGAGCCAAAUAUAUUUGAAAAAGUCUUAACAUGGUUUUGUUGUGAUACAAGAAAAAAAGAAUUGUUUGGAUAUUUACCAAAUUUUUGUUCGCGUGAGCUAGUAAUAUUUUGGAUUGGAUUGGCAUCUUAAAAUUACAUUACAGGGAAAUCGUUUGCUGUUUUUGUGAUUCGUGUGUGAAACGUGAAUUCAAAUAAGAUUCCAACGAACAAUAUAUUUUUGUGUUUCUUUUUCUAAUUAAAAGAAAAAAAAUUAAAACCAUUCUAAUUUUGUAUCUAAAUCUAAUAAUCGUUGUUUUGUGAAAUCUCGAGAAGGUUUAACUCUUGGGGUUUAAUUUCGAAUGAUUCUGCAUAAUAUUGUCGAUACAUAACAAGAUUACCAUAGAUACUAAUGUAAACGAUGGCCACAUUAGGCCUUUCAAAAGUUUUCAUCCUGGACAAAUACUUUACGGAAUUGCAAAAGUUUUGGGAGACGGAGAAAAAGUUACAAGAUGCAUCAUCUUCAAACGAAGCUGUCCACUUACAACAGCGUUUAAAGUGUCUUAGCACAGAGUUAGUCACUCUUCGUAAUCGUUUGCACGUAGGACAAACACAAACGUCAGUUGCAAAUAACAACACUGUUAACGUAACUAAUCCAAAUGCAGACAACAGCAGCGUGGUAUCCACAAAUAACCAUAAAUGUAUAAAAUCUAGUCAGCCGACAAACAUCAUCAAUGCACAAACUUCAGUACAAAGUGGAAUUAUAGCAGGAGGCAAUCUACAUCGUUCACCGUCUAAUAGUACUCCUCCAAAGCUGACUGUUAAUAAUAAGAAUCAGCAUACUUUAAACUCGUGCUUACAACAAUCGGCAAGUGUGGUGCCACGAAACACAUCGAUUCCACUUCCACUUCCGCAGCACAUAAAUGAUCAAUUAACAGCCAAUCAACAACCCUUCAACGAGCCGCAGCAGCCAACACGACCCACAGCGACGACGACGGCAGCGGGCCCAGGACUAUUCAACUCACCGUUUAUUCCUGUUGUACAGAAGAACAUAAAUCCUUGCAAUGGCAUAAACAAAUAUUUUUUGAAUUCCAACAUCUCAAGGAAUGGACAGCAAAAGGAGCCGAACGAAAUGAAAGAUCUAAUACACUUGGCAGGUCCUUUAACAGAAGAUGCUGUUAUGCGAACACUUCAAGCUAGGUUCAAUGAAAAUCUAUAUUUCACCAAUGUUGGACCGAUUUUGUUGUCGAUCAAUCCCUACCUUGAUGUUGGAAAUCCUCUGACACUGUCGUCCACCCGAUCACUUCCAUUAGCGCCGCAGCUUAAGAAAAUCGUCCAAGAAGCUGUUCGACAGCAAGCUGAAACUGGAUACCCUCAAGCAAUAAUACUAUCUGGGACUUCUGGUGCUGGAAAAACUCAUUGUUCUAUGUUACUUUUGCGACAAUUAUUUGCAGUUGCUGGUGGUGGUCCCGAAACAGAUGCGUUCAAACAUUUGGCAGCUGCAUUCACAGUUCUUCGUUCGCUGGGCUCAGCUAAAACGACUACAAAUUCAGAAUCUAGCCGCAUUGGCCAAUUCAUUGAGGUGCAAGUUACAGAUGGAGCAUUGUACAGAACCAAAAUACACUGUUACUUUUUGGAUCAAACACGAGUUAUAAGGCCACUGAGGAAUGAGAAGAACUAUCACAUAUUUUAUCAAAUGUUGGCAGGGCUCAAUAGAGAUGAGAGGUCUAAGUUAAACCUUGAAGGUUAUUCCCCAGCAAAUCUAAGAUAUCUUCAACAUGGUGACAUAGUGCAGAGAGAACAGGAAGAUUCUAGUAGAUUUCAAGCAUGGAAAGCAUGUCUCGGAAUUUUGGGAAUACCGUUUUUGGAUGUUGUAAGAGUUUUGGCCGCAGUAUUGCUUUUAGGAAAUGUUCAAUUUAUUGAUGGUCAGGGGCUAGAAGUUGACGUCAAAGGUGAAUCAGAACUUAAUUCAGUGGCAAACUUGCUUGGAGUACCACCAGCAGCACUUUUCCGCGGACUCACAACCCGAACUCAUAAUGCAAGAGGACAACUAGUUAAAUCCGUUUGUGAUGCAAACAUGUCCAACAUGACAAGAGAUUGCUUGGCAAAAGCUCUGUACUGUCGUACAGUCGCAACAAUUGUCAGAAGAGCAAACAGUCUCAAGCGAUUGGGCUCAACAUUGGGAACACUAAGUUCCGAUUCAAAUGAAUCGGUGCACAAUCAAGCUGAUGUAGCUAGCCAGCACACAUCAACCAUUGGUGGAAAUUCGGGUUCCAAAUCCAUGACAGCUUUGAAUAAUGCAGUCCGUCAUGCCACUGAUGGAUUCAUAGGGAUACUGGACAUGUUUGGAUUUGAAGAGCCAUCGCCACAUGCUCAACUGGAACACCUUUGCAUCAACUUAUGCGCCGAGACCAUGCAACAUUUCUACAAUACCCAUAUAUUCAAAUCGUCGGUAGAAUCUUGCCGGGACGAAGGAAUUAUAUGCGAUACAAUUGUGGACUAUGUUGACAAUGUUCCAUGUAUUGACUUAAUAUCCUCUCUAAGGACUGGACUUUUGAGUAUGCUCGAUGCAGAAUGUUCGGUUCGUGGAACAGCCGAAAGCUACGUGGCAAAAAUUAAAGUACAGCACAGAAACUCCACACGUCUGGAGACGAAACAUGCUGAACCACAUGAUCCACGUUUAUUUACAAUUCGACACUUUGCUGGGAAAGUCGAGUAUGAUGCAACUGAAUUUUUGGACACAAACCGAGACGUAGUACCCGAUGAUCUAGUUGCUGUAUUUUAUAAACAUUCUUGCAAUUUUGGGUUUGCCACUCAUCUAUUCGGAUCCGAGCUUAAGGCGUUAUAUGCCUUACAAAGUGUUCCUCGCGGCUUGAGUUUUCGCAUCUCUCCCACUUCACACACAGACCUUUUAAACGGCGAUGAGCCAGUUUCCACAUUGACACAAGACUUCCACACACGUCUUGAUAAUUUGCUUCGCACUCUUGUACAUGCUCGACCACAUUUUGUACGUUGUAUACGAAGUAAUUCAUCGGAAGCAGCCGGACGUUUUGAACGGUUGGUUAUCGUUAAGCAAGUCCGAGCAUUGCAAGUCCUUGAAACGGUCAAUUUAAUGGCUUCAGGAUUCCCACAUCGAAUGCGUUUCAAACAAUUCAAUGCCAGAUACCGAAUGUUGGCCCCGUUCCGUCUGUUCAGGCGUUGCGAGGAAAAGGUUUUAGAGGAUUGUAACCUCAUACUACAAUACGCAAUGGAAAAUCCACCCGAAGUCGAUGGCUCUGUGACGUUGUCCUGGGCACCUGGCAAGAGACACAUAUUCCUUAGCGAAGGUAUUCGACAGCAUUUAGAGAAUUUGAGAUCUGAAAUUCGUACAAAAAGCGCAACUAUGAUUCAAAGCAUUUGGCGAGGAUGGCAGUUCCGCAAGAAAAUCGGGAGUAUUAAAAAACCAAGAGACAUGCUUAUGUAUUCGACUAAAAAUUUAAAAGGAUCGAAUGGUGGUAAGCAUGAAAAUCUUCACUACAAUUCUUGUGCAAUUUUAUUAUUUUGUUUAGCGUUUACUUCGUUUCUAGCACAAAGAGUGUCAUCCAAAGGAAACACAAAUCUUCAAGCGACGACAACAAGGCCACGACCACAGCCAAUAGCAGGUACCCCACCACCAGACCCAAAUGAAAAAUGUGACUCGAAGAUUAUACAACAAACGUGUAGUCUCUUCGGAUUAGAUUUAGAGCGUCCACCACCAGUUCCGCCAUCACGUCCAUAUACCGUAACAGGAAAUUCAAAGCUGGGCUAUCCACAGAAUAGAUUGAUGAAAAUGAAUUUCCCCGAGGACUCAGUUACUAAUCCCCCAUCUGAGCAGCUAAAAAAAGGAGACACUGUUACGGUGGUUGGUGCAUCUUCUUGUCGUGGGCAUUUAAUUGUCGAACACAAUGGGCAAAGCUUCCAUGUUCCCUUUCAGUAUAUGGAGCUUGUAAAAAAUGGCACAGCAGGCUCCUGUGUGAAAAUAUAGAGAUUAAGCUUAAGGAUUAUAUUCAUUGAACCACAUUAUGUGCUCUUUUGGAUUAAAAACAAAUUUUCAAGACUGUAAAUAAUUUAUUUUAAAGGUUAAAAUUUACUACCUAUAUGAAUAUUAUCUAAUAUAAUUGAAUUUUCUAUUUUCUUCUGUUAAGGUUUCUACGAACUUGUAAUCAUUUUUGUUCAAUAAUUGUAAUAAUUUUCUUAUAUUUUAUUACUUUUUAUUACUGUAUAAAAAAAGCAUUUAAUUUUUGUGUUUAUUAUUAUUAUUUUAUUUUUUUUGGUGGAGAAAAGAUUGAGCUAAGAAUUAAGAAAAAUUAUACGCUCCAGUGCCAAUGUUUAAAUACAGAACUUUUAAAAUAAUAAUUAAUGUAAGAAUGUCAGUAUUUCCCCACCAACAAGUUUUAUUUUGUGUAUUAGUUCCUAGGAUGAACUUUAAAGUUUGCUACGAAUAAAACUAUUGCAAUAUUAAUGAGUGAAAAAGAUGUUUUUUCUUUUGUUAUG